GUCCCUAUGUUGACUAGUUGAGAUAAAAAUAAAUAUGGCUUUCUACAGUUAUAAUUCAGUCUUAGCUAUUGCUCGAACAAGGUUCCCCAGCCGUUUUGUCCAUCCCACCUGCUCGUCUUUUUCCCCAUCAUUUGCAUUUCUUCACUUGCCAGAUUCACAUUUAAAGAAGGCAUAUAUGAAGAACUAUGGAAGCAAGAAGUACUCCUAUCCAAGUCAGUCAGGUGGUAAAGUACUUCACUUGCGAACUAGACUCAUACAAAAGCUGCACACGUCAACUUGCUGGCUACAAGAGGUCCCUAGUAAACCUCAGCUGGAGCAAACCACAGAAAAGCCACGGGUGACGAGCCCUCAGCCUACAAAAGAAACUGGCACAAAGAUUAAAGGAGGAAAGCAAUCUUACAGACAAAAAAUUGUGGAUGAACUUAAAUAUUAUUACAAUGGAUUCUACUUACUUUGGAUUGACACCAAAGUUGCUGCCAGAAUGGUUUGGAGGCUGUUGCACGGACAGGUGCUAACCAGACGUGAGAGACGAAGGUGUUUCUGAAACUCUUCCCAGAGAUGUUGCCAUCAACUUUUGAAAGUGAAUCCAAAAAGGAAGAAAAACAGAAAAAGAAAAUGGCUGCAAAGUUGGAAAUGGCAAAGUUUCUUCAAGAAACAAUUACUGAAAUGGCCAGGAGGAACAGAGCCAAGCUGGGAGAUGCCUCUACGCAGCUCUCGUCCUACGUAAAACAGGUCCAGACAGGCCACAAGCCCAGCACGAAAGAGAUAGUUCGCUUUUCCAAACUGUUUGAGGACCAGCUAGCCCUGGAGCACUUAGAUCGUCCUCAGCUGGUUGCCCUUUGCAAACUGCUAGAACUGCAGACCUUUGGAACCAACAAUCUGCUCCGCUUUCAGCUUCUGAUGAAACUGAAGUCUAUAAAAGCAGAUGAUGAAGUAAUUGCCAAAGAAGGGGUGAAGACUUUGAGUGUGUCAGAACUACAGGCUGCCUGUAGGGCCCGAGGGAUGAGGUCACUGGGUCUCACUGAGGAACAACUGCGACAACAGCUCACAGAGUGGCAGGACCUCCACCUGAAGGAGAACGUCCCUCCUUCCCUUUUGCUCCUGUCACGCACCUUCUACCUGAUAGAUGUGAAGCCAAAGCCAAUCGAGAUCCCACCAAGUGGGGAGGCUCUAAAGACAAAUAUUCCUGUGGAAUCACCUACUCCCCCCAAAUCUAAAGAGAACAUGGUGGAUUUUGCACCUCAACUGAAGGGAACUAAGGACGAAGACUUUAUACAACCACCACCAGCUACACCAUCACCUAUGACACCGUCACCACCUAUUUCAUUACUUAAAGGACCGAUCACUUCUAAGGAAGCUACGCUCCAGGCCAAAUCACAAAAGACAUCGCAGAACAGCAAGGCUAGUUCAAAAGGAGCAUGAGGACUGCUCGAGGAUGGAGCUCGCUCUCUCCAGCGUCCGGCCCUCCGCAGUGGCAUCCGUAAAGGACCUCCCAGCUCAGACUGUCUGUCUGCCUGAGCUAGAGGGUCAGCCGUUUAGCCCUUGGGGCAGUCCUCUGAGGCCUUGUAACGACCAUUCCGAGUGAUGUCAGCAGUGAGGCCAAGUUCGGACCAUUCAGAGAAACAGAAUUGCAAAGUUCAUCUUUCUGUACCAUUAUGUCAUCCCACUAAACUUUGUGCAAAGCCCACCCCC